UAUAAGGGGCAGACGUCCAGUUCGCCCCUCAGUGCAGCCACACACCUCGCCUUGCCUCCUCCUCCUCCUCCUCCUCCUCCUGCUGGUCUUCCUGCUUCCUCUUGCACGAUGAACCUCCCAGGCUGCCUGCUGGCGGCGCUGGCACUGCUGACGGCGGCACCGACGAAGGUCAGCUCUGAGAAGCUGUCCGUGCUGCUGCCCAACCAGAACACUGAGUUUGACCUCGAGCAUGAGGCGGAACUUGACCUUGACCCGCGGACCAGCCGCCCCAGCCAGGGCCUCUCCCCUCCCCUGGGCCUGCCCAUCCCUCCCAUCUCCCAGCUGCCCCUGGCCGCGCCCCCCGCCCCGCUGCCCACCGGGCCCCCAGCCUCCCGGGAUGACAGGAUCACCGUGCUGGUGCAGGACGUGGCGCCGCGCGUCACCGGCCUGUACGAGUUGCCGGAGGAGGAGUUCAGCCCUGAGGAAUCAUCCCAGGGGACGUGUGAGGCACAGACUGUGGUGGUGACCUCCAGGGACUUGGUGGUAUCCACCUCCAUAUCACGGGUCACCGUGCCCACCACAGUGGUGCAACGGUACACCACCACACAGGUACAGCUACAAACGGCGCUGCAGACUUCCUACGUCACCCUGCCACCGAUUGUACAGACAAACACAGUGACAUCGGUGGUGCCCACGACAGUGUACCGCACCUCAACGCGCUACCAGCAGCAGGUGAUCACCUCGACACAGGUGCGCCUUCAGACACAGUUCGUCACCUCCCGCGUCACGGACUACCGCACGGAGACACAAACCAGAAUCGUGUACCAAACUGUUUACAGCACCCAAGUCCAGCCCACAUACAUCACCACCACCGUCACCCAGCAGAUCACGCCCUCCUGCCCGCCCCUCCUCAUUCCCACGCCCACCAGUGUAGGUUAUGAGUAUGCACAGCCCACUAAUACCUAUGGAAGUGAUCAGGUUACUCUCCCUCGUACAGUGCUUCGUCAGGCAAUAGUUAUGGUGUUCCUGUGUACGGUCCGUUUUAUCAUGCCUACCAAGCCUUGUCGAGAAAGAAGAGGCUGUUGAAAGGGUUACCUUUUGGUGGUUAGGUUGUUAGAGUUCCUUUGGGGUCUUCUUCUUCUUCUUCUUUUUCUUCUUCUUCUUUUUUCUUUUUCUUCUUUUUUCUUCUUAAUCUUUUUUUUUUCGUCUAUUUCUUUUCUUCUCUUUCUUUUUCUCCUUCUUUCUUCUUUUUCUUCGUCGUCGUCUUCUUUUUUCUUCUUAAUCCUUUUUUUUUCUUCUUUUUCUUUUUUCUUUUCUUCUCUUUUUUUUCUCCUUUCUUCUUUUUUUUUUCUUCUUUUUUUUGGUAUAGUUUGGUUAAUUUGUCUCCUCCAGUCUUCGUAUCUCGCCUCUCGUUUUCUUUAUCUCUUAGUAUUGAGUUCCCUAAGAAAAGGAUGAACUAAUUGUGUUGUUUUUGUUUUUGUUUUGUCUUGUUUUGUCCGUUUUGUUUGAUGAAUAAAAGUGAUUUUGAACGAU